GGUUCCGCGUGUUGAUACUGCAGAGAGGAUCGAGGAGAAACAAGUUGUUACAAACAACUAAAAACCGGCCUAAAAAAAGAAUAAAUAGGAAAAUGGACAUGAAGAAGAGGGUCUCUUUAGAGCUGAGGCACCGGUCGCCGACAGAAGUCCAGGAGCUGGUUCUGGAUAACUGUCGCUCCAGCGAGGGAAAGAUCGAAGGAAUCACAGCAGAGUUCUCCAACCUGGAGCUGCUGAGCCUCAUCAAUGUCGGCCUGACCAGCGUAGCAGACAUCCCCAAACUGGACAAACUCAAAAAGUUGGAGCUGAGCGACAACAGGAUAUCAGGCGGUCUGGAAGUCCUUGCGGAGCGGCUGGUGAACCUAACGCACCUCAACCUCAGUGGGAACAAGUUCAAAGACAUCAGCACCCUGGAGCCCCUGAAAAAGUUGCCCCAGCUGAAGAGUCUAGACCUGUUUAACUGCGAGGUGACCAACCUGGCCGACUACAGGGACUCCAUCUUCAAGCUCCUCCCUCAGCUCACCUACCUGGACGGCUACGACAUCGACGACUGCGAGGCCUCCGACUCCGACGGAGAGGGAGACGGAGUCGAGGACGAGGACGAAGAAGAGGGAGAGUCAGAGGACUUUGAGGAAGAGGAGGAGGAGGAUGAGGAAGACGUAGUGGCCGAAGAUGAUGACGAUGAUGAUGACAGCGCCGAUGAUGAGGACGGAGAGGUGAACGGAGAUGUCGACAGUGAGGAGGAUGACGACGACGACGAUGAUGACGACGAUGAUGACGAAGACUCAUCUCCGACCAAAGGAGAGAAGAGGAAGAGGGACCCCGAAGACGAGGAUGAUGAAGAUGAUGAUUAAGGACCGACGGAGACCCUGCAAACCCCUCUGACCUCUUAUCCGUUGACCCUACACCACCCCCCACCCUUCCCCCACUGACGCUAGCCCCCCCCCACCCCCACUCGGCCUCUGACUCCUGGGCUGCGUUCCAUUUCUGUAGCUUGUCUCCUCCCACUGAGCCUUUGUCAGCUCCUGCAGACAAAAACAUCUCCGUUCAUUCAUAAAAACAACUUUUUUAUUCACAUUCAUUUCCUCCCAUUUUCACAAUUUGUUCCAUCAUUUUUAGUCAGUUUUUUAAUUCCUAUCCACAGCUUGAUCCAAAACAUUCUUACAGCCGCUAACAGAUUCCCUUAAAUGUAAGAAACCGUCAGCAUAUCAACAGUUUAUAACAUCUAAUAACACUUUUAAACUACUGAAUUUCCAUAAAAGUUUCUGACAGUCGUCUAGAAGAACAUGACAUUAUUAUUUUUUAUAGGCUUUUUUGUGAACUCAGUAACUCAGAAGUCAGAUUUAAGACCUUCAAACUCUCACAGCAGAACUCCCAACAAUUAUUUUAUAUGUUAAUCUGUCGAUUUAGUGUCUUGAUUUAAUUGUUUUGUCUAUUAAAUAUCAGACAAGUGAGAAAAAAGGCCUGAAAAAAGUGUAGUCUUCACAUCGUUCCCAUUUGAGAAGCUGAAACAAGAAAAUAUUUGGGGCUUUUUUUUUGUUUGAAAAAAAAAAAAGGUUCAAACGAUUAUUUGAUGUUCUGUCAAUCAACUAAUCAUUUCAGCCCUACGACAGAUCAAACCUCGCUGCUUAUUUAAUAGAAAAUGUGGCGCCAAAUAAACAGCUUCUGUGGCAUUAGUGGGAUUUAAAAAAUAACAUUUUAGGAGAAUCAUUUGACCAAAUUUUCACUUCAAAAAAGGCACUUAAACAGUUUAUUAUUGCCCCGUUCUUAAAAGUAAGUGCCAACCAGAACCUCAGUAGUGAGAGAGGAAACGCAUUAUAUUGUAAAUUAUGUCAACGGGUAAAAAUAUGACGGACAUUUGGAAAUCUAUUACAUCGACGUAUAUUUUCAACAUGAAUUUUCUUAAGACAAUCUUGCAAACACAAAAAAAUUUAAUAUGUGAUGGGGACUUGUGACAACUCUAAAGUCCCAUUCCGUUACCAAGAAGCGAAUGCAUCACCAGUCGUAAAAAGCUUUGAAACUGAUGCGUCACAAAAGUGAAAAUUAGCUUCAGUCUGAUUGUACAGACGACCCGUUGGGGGCAUUAAUACGCUUUUUUUUCCCUUUGUCUUUUUUAGAUCAUAUAAGCUGCCAAAUAUUUUUUUUUGUACCAUUUCGACAAUUAACUAUAAUAGAAAUUAAAAGUUUCAUAAACUUUUUUUUUUUUUUUAAACUGAUGAAAUUUAAGAGAAAAAAAAGAACAAAACAUUAUAUAUUGAUACAUUUAGGUUAAUGUCUGUAAAAGGAGAUAAAACAAGGGCUCAUGGGAGGUAACAGCUUCCCCCCCUCCCCAAACACCUCUCUGACAUCAUCACUCUGGGACUGAACCAAUGGCUCUGAUGUCAUCACCCGACAGGCUCUGUGAUGUCAGCGACGGACAGUCAAAGUGAAUUGUCGCAUGAAAAUUUAAAAACAUCUUUCAAAAAAACAACCCUCCACCCUUCCUCCCUACUCCUCGAGGCCGAGCGCUCAGGGCAAACUGUGUUCUCUCUUUUUUGCCAACAGAGCUUUUUAAAAGAAAUAUUUUUUCAGAGAAAUUGUUUUUUUUUUGUUUUGUUUUUUUGUUUAAAUUUAAUUUUUGUAUGAUUGUCUGGGGACACACUGUCUCUUUUCUCUCUCUCCGCCUCUUUUCAUUUCUUUCUGCUCCGUAGAGUUCAGUGUAGGUUGUGGUUGAAGUUGUGCAUUUUUUUUUUUUUUUUUUACUUUCUGUAAGUUAAAGAAAAAACCAACAAAAAAAUACAAAAAGGACUUUGUAAAUAAAAUCUUAACAUUUUG